CAAUUUCCCCCUAAUAUUGAGGGAGUUGCUUGGAGUUGCUCGGGUUUAUGGGGAGAGCGUAAUGCUCGCAUUUGGCAGGGUAAGGCAACCAGACCAGCUCGGGUGAUGUCCAACGCUAAGAGUUAUGUGGAAGCUUGGCUUGAGGUGCGGAAUCAGAGAGGUGGUGCAGCAGCAGUAGGGAGGUCGCAAGGAACUCACUUGUGGAAAUUGCCUGGUGCAGGGUGGCGUAAGCUCAAUACUGAUGCACCAAGGCGGAGCUUAGGCAGCGGGCUUGGCUGGGCCGUGCACAAUGAUGAAGGUAACUUCGUGACAGGAGGAGCGGGACCUGGGCGGGGAUGCUAUUCUCCAUUGGAGGCUGAAUUACUGAGUAUCCGUGAGGCAUUGAGCUGGAUUAAGUCUCAAGAUUGGGAAUAUUUGGAGGUUGAAUCAGACUCUCAACUACUAGCGAUUUCAGAAAUUCUCAACAGUUCGAGUGCAGCGGCAGCAGGUCUUCUAGCUGAAGAUAUUCGUGAUAUUAGUAGAUGCUUUUCUAGUAUUACGUUUUCAUUUGUUAAACGUUAGUUCAGCGAACAAAGUUGCUCACGAGUUAGCUAGAGUAGCUUGUUCUAUGUCUGAUCGUCAGGUCUGGGUUGAUAAUCCUCCGACUUGUAUCACCAAUGUUUUGGACUUCGAUUUGAUUAAUGCUAAUUAAUUAUUUUCCUUUCAAAAA